AGCGAGCGCUCUGAUGCACGCCACUGAACGAACGCCACUCGCUCCGUGUGCUCGGUAGCCAUUCCGACUGCCUCGAGCGCGCUCUUGGUGACCCAGUUCGAAAAUGCGUUCUCUCGGUUGAUUAAAACGAACUGAAUCUUCCUGUUCCAACAUCAAAAAAAAUUCAAUCGACAAAAAAUGUCGUGCACGCUUGUUGUCAUAUUCAAUUUAUUCCUAACAUUGGCAUCAGGGCUUGAUGGCGUUGUCUACCCAGAGAGAUAUGAACAACAACAAUUAGCAGCAAUAAUUCAUUGCGAAAUGGAAGAAACACAGCAUUUCCGGUACUCCAGUAGCACGAAACUUUGGGGUGAGAUGGGAGGAGAGAUUGUUGUGAAUGCUGACGUUUCCCUGCACUGCCUUGGAGAUGACAGCGGUGGAAAAUACGGCUCACAAGCUCUCAGAUAUUUGGUGGAGGUGUCCAAUUUGCUCAUAGAAGAAACCAAAGAAAAAGAGUUUGAGCUUAUACAGCUAAGGCCGAAGAGAGGCGUCGGGGAAUUCUUCACGGAAGCAUGGGACAAAGUGAAGACCUUCUUCAAACGUGUUUUCGGAAGGCGGGGUUCGGGACCAGAGAGCGUGCUGCCGAUUCCUGCAGACGUCCCCGUAGAUGAUAAGAAAGAGGAAGAGGAAGAAAGCACUGAAGAGUUUAUUGCAGAAGACCUUCAGACAUUGUACUCUACGCCAUUUCAGUUUGUUCAGCUGGCUAACGGAACCAUCCCAGAAAUCCGAUUCGCGGAAAAUGAAGAGGAUGGGAGAGUAAAAAAUUUCAAGCGGCACCUUGUCGAUGCGUUCGCCACCAAACUCAACUUCGAGCAAGAGGAACAGGCUGUGCUUGAAACAUCUGUCAUGGGCGAGCACACUGCUAACUACAGCAUUACUAGGACAACGUCUGACAGUACGCCACUGAACACAGCAGGCUUUGGAUCUCACUUGGUGCAGAGAGCAUCCGAAGGGCAGACAGUGAUGGUCAGCAAGAGGAUAACCGAAAGUGACAUUGUGCGCUUAGCCCCAAGCGAGGCGCUCAACAAUCCCGAGAACAUGGCUUUGCAAGUGCAGCAGACGCAGAUAUUCCGUGGAGGGAAACUGGUCUCUUCCACUGGUACAUCAUCCGUCGCCUUGCUACCCAAUUCAGGAAAACAGAAGAGUCGAGCAAAGCGAGAAGUGGAGGAAGAUGUCACGUCCUACUUUCAUGCUCAUUCAACUUUUGAUGUGCAAUUGAAAAAGAGGCAACGUCGUUCUUUGAAAACAGAUGCGCGACUGAAACGUCAAGACAGCUUAUCUUUUUCUCCAUCCAGUCGUUUUGCUGAAGUUGAAGACAACAGAGACAAGGAUGCUACUAAAAUAUUGUUGCGAUCAAGUGAAGAUAUGAAUCAUAUAUUUAAAAACCUGUUAACCGACGAUGGAAAAGAUUAUGAUGAAAAAAUGCAACUAAUGUUUGAAAUUGUGGAACGGGAGUUGAGCCUGAAGAUAGAUAAAGAGCCUAUAUCUUUAUCGGUUAUGAUUAGGACAUCGUUGAACCAAGAGACAAUGCAAGAACUGUGCAAGAAAAAUUUCUCCCUCUGCAAAGAUUUCCUUCAACUUUUGACUCUAACUGGAGGACCCGAAGCAGAAAAGGUACUUCUGUCGUUCCUGGAAAACAAUGGACUAUCUCCAAGAGAUUUACGCACUGUAUGCGACAUUAUGUCUGAUCUGUCUUCGCCUUCGCCAGACUUCUUGGGUACUGUAAGCGAAAUCAUAUCUAACCCACAGAUCGAGGAUGGUGUGCUUGGUUCUCUCUGCCUAUCUGCCGGGUUCUUGGCUUCAAAAGCCAAUCUAGAUAGCAGAAGGAUUAUAUCUGACACAUUCAUUAAGUUGUUGGAGGAAAGAAAGAACCAGUGCCGCUCGGAUCCACUUGUUGUGGACAUUUUGGAAGCGAUUGGUAACCUGGCUUGGGAAAGUACAGUGCAGCCGGUAUUUGAAGUAUCCGAAUUGUGCGAGCAGGAUUCUGGUAUUCAGAUUGCUUCAGUGCAUGCUCUUCGACAUUUCGUGCAUUUGCCUUCGGUACAGCCGUGGAUCGAGAAAAAAAUCAAGAAUGGAAAUUGUGACGUGAUCACGGCCACUAUAGGAACACUACUUGACAAAAUUCAGGAUCAAGAAAUAAAGCAAGAUGCUCACAACUGGCCAAGGUUCGGCUUUAACGAAAUCGACAAAAUUCUCCGAAAAAUUCUUUACGAAUCCCGAUGUUCCGCGGAAAACAUUCUGCGCUAUUUCGACAAAAAGAAGAAUCCCGAAUCGAAGCGCAUUGCCCAGAACUUCUUCGAGCCUGAAUCUGAGCCGUGGGACCCAGGCUCUGGCUCUCGACACAAGCGCUCUCUGUGGGAUGACCUCAACUGCCAAGAGUGGACAGAAGACAACAAGUACAACCCCAUUCAAGACAAGGAGGAGUUUGCAGCGGACAGAGCCACAUACAACAAAAGGAAAAGCUGCUUGGCUUUCAGGAGGUUAGGAGUGAAAGGAGCCAACGCAGAGAUUUAUGCAGGCAUGUUUGCUGGAGUGAAAGAACCCUCGGAGCCUACAAAAUAUAAAUUGUUCACCAAAUUCGUCUCAAGUCUUAAUUUCCUAGGAAAUCAAAUGGAAAUUGGAUCCUUUUAUUUCUACCUUCACAGUGGAAGUACAAAAGCAUACGUCAGAAUCUUGGGCCGCACUCGGCAAGAGUUCACCCACGACGGAUGCACGCCCACUGAGCUCCGGUACAGGCCAAUCAAGCACGUGCCACUGUAUCUGCUCAGCGUGUCCACAGUCCAGCUCAGCCUGGGCAUCCACCUGAGCAGUCGCCUGAGCAUGGACUCGUCUUGCCCCGGAAACGAUGCAUACAAGCUGGAACCUUUGACGGACGUGCGAAUCGGAGGGGAAGCGGUCGGAAACGUUCUCUUCAUCAAGGGAUCAGCUAAUCUAGGAGCAAACUUCAAUUAUAAACUGCAAGUUACUUUUUUGCCUUCGCCAAAUAUGUGUCUGAGUGGAAGUCAUGGUUAUGAUCCCAUGAAGAUUAGUUUUGAGUCAUAUUUUCAGCUAUGGAAUAAAGUGAAAAAUGACUGGGGAAAACUAAGAAUGUGGAGGCCAAGUUUCUUGUCAUGGGAGGUGACGAGAGGAAAGAUGAAGCAGUGGUUCGAAGACACUUGUGUAGUCAUGGAGAAUUCGAAACCACCCUUAAACAUGGAGAGAGAAUUAGAGUGAAUUCAGAGACUUUCUAUGUACAUAAAUUUUCAAGUUGAAUACAAUUGUAAAAAUAAAUUUUGUUUUGUUUAGG